AUGGCGGUCAGCGGUGGGCCCCAAACCUGUGGUCCAAUCUACCGGCAGCCUUGCAUGUCUCCCAAAUACCAAGAAGUGGGGGGUCAAACCGGUAGUUCCAUGGGGGGUGUUGUUAUAGGCGCCUGGACAAGUGCUGGUAAGUGGGUAUGCCAGUGUGCUGUUGAGUUUCUUCCAAGGACCCCAAGAGCCCAGGAGGGUUUGGUUAAACCGCUCGCAGGCCCCAUUCCCCUGUGGGUGGGAGAGGAGCAGGUCAAAGAGGGUGAGGAGCAGGUCAAAGAGGGUGAGGAGCAGGUCAAAGAGGGUGAGGAGCAGGUCAAAGAGGGUGAGGAGCAGGUCAAGGAGGGAGAGGAGCAGGUCAAGGAGGGAGAGGAGCAGGCCACAGAGGGAGAGGAGCGGGUCAAAGAGGGAGAGGAGCAGGCCACGGAGGGAGAGGAGCAGGUCAAAGAGGGAGAGGAGCAGGCCACGGAGGGAGAGGAGCAGGCCAAGGAUGGAGAGGAGCAGGUCAACGAGGGAGAGGAGCAGGCCACGGAGGGAGAGGAGCAGGUCAAAGAGGGAGAGGAGCAGGCCACGGAGGGAGAGGAGCAGGUCAAAGAGGGAGAGGAGCAGGCCACGGAGGGAGAGGAGCAGGUCAAGGAUGGAGAGGAGCAGGUCAAGGAGGGAAAGGUGCAGACCAAGGAGGGAGAGGAGCAGGUCAAGGAGGGAGCAGGUCAAAGAGGACUGGUCCCACUGAUUCACUCCUGGCCUGGUCCCGCUGCUCCGCACCGGCCUGGUCCCGCACCGGCCUGGUCCCGCACCGGCUUGGUCCUGCUGCUCCGCACCGGCCUGGUCCCGCUGAUCCGCACCGGCCUGGUGCAGUACCGGCACUUCCAAUAA